CAUUUUGCGCGCUUUUUCUAACUUCGGUGAUCAUUUUUCACACUGCUGUGGCCAUUAAACCAUAAACUAAAAUAUAAGUAGUGCUUUGCUUCAUCAGAGCCACUAACAGCACGCACAAGCCGCGUAAAGCAUGGCCGCCGUACGACGCUCCACGCGUUUAAGCAGCAUCAGCAAAUCGACGGCCGCGUCGUCGCCGUUGCCGCAGUCGGCGCGGACGACGACGACAACGUCACGACGCUCUGAGAUUUGGCGGAGGCGACAGACCAAAGCCACAGAAGACAGCGACGACGAGGAUCGCGAUGAUAUCAUUAGUGUAGUUUCAGAGAAUAACGAAAACAGCAACCUGUUGAAUAAAAUGGAACGGACGGCACGUCGCAGGACGGCCCCACCGCAAGUGAUCCAAGAAGAGCCAAAGACGCCACGCAGCAGCAGCAAGAAGUCAGCAGCGGCCAAGGCAGCCAGUCUGGCCAGGCGUGUGCAAGCCAAUGAAGAGGCAGUAUUAACCUUCAACAAAAGCAGCGACGAGGAUGAGGAUGAGGAGGAGCAGGAUGCCCAUUCCCAUGUCUCGCCACCGAAGCAGCGGAGGCUGAAGCCGCUGCCGCAGCAUUUGAUAAGUCCCUCGCGACUGUUGGACAGACUGAGCAUAGACGAACGCCAGGAGCCAGAGCAAAAGACUGAGAAGAUUCAUCAGGUGGAGGAGCAGAAAGAGAAAGAGCCAGAGCCAGAGCCUGCACCCUCGCCUCCUCGCAACAAAUACCAAAAUGCCAGACGCGUGCUGAACAGCGCAGAGACUCAGAAUCUGCCAGGGCGCGAGGCGCAACUCCUAGAGCUGCGCGAAUACUUCACCAGCCACCUGGAGAGCCAGACCUCGGGCAGCUUGUACGUCUCAGGGCAGCCGGGCACCGAAACAGCCUGUCUGUCGCUGCUGCUGCGCGAUCCGGAGUUCUCGAAGCGUCUGCAACGUGUCUACAUCAACUGCACCAGCAUUGCCAGCGUGGGUGCGGUCUACAAGAAGCUCUGCGCCGAGCUGCAGCUGAAGCCUGCGGGUCGGACCGAACGUGACCACCUGGAGGCCAUACAGCGGCACCUGCGCACCGCCAAGCGGAUGCUACUGCUGGUGCUCGAUGAGAUCGAUCAGCUGUGCACGACCAGGCAGGCCGUUCUGUACACGAUCUUCGAGUGGCCCGCCCUGCCGGGUGCCCGAAUUCUCCUGGUUGGCAUUGCCAACAGUUUGGAUCUCACAGAUCGGACGCUGACGCGUCUGAAUGCGCGCUGCGAGCUCAAGCCCCGGUUGAUGCACUUCCCCUCUUACACCAAGCAGCAGAUCGUGGAGAUAUUCAAGUCGCGGCUGGCCGAGGCGGAUGUGCUGGAUGUGUUUCCCCCCGUUACGCUGCAGCUGCUGGCCGCCAAGGUGAGUGCCAUCAGUGGCGAUGUGCGACGCGCCCUGGACAUUGGCAGGCGAGUGGUGGAGAUAGCCGAGCAGCAGAAACGCGACGGCGAGCGGGAGUUCAACCUGAAGGCAUUGGAAUUGGCAGAUGGCCAGGAGAAGGAGGAGCCCAAACAGGACACAAUGAAACCCGUUCAGAUCACCCAAGUGGCUGCCGUGUUAAACAAGGUGUAUGGAGCGUCGCAGAACCUCGAGGAGGACAUUGAGGCUGCCUUUCCGCUGCAGCAGAAGCUGAUGCUGUGCAGUCUGGUGCUCAUGCUGCGCAACGAGCGCAACAAGGACAUCAGCAUGGGUCGCCUGCACGAGGUCUACCGCAGGGUGUGCGCCAAACGGAACAUUCUGGCCCUGGAUCAGGCCGAGUUCACGGGCACCGUCGAUCUGGUGGAGACACGGGGCAUACUGCGCAUUAUGCGCAAGAAGGAGCCGCGCCUGAGCAAGGUCAUGCUGCAGUGGGACGAGGAGGAAGUGCAUGCGGCGCUCAGUGACAAGCAGCUCAUCGCUUCGAUCUUGAACGACACCGCCUGCCUGAACAGGUGACGCGGUGAGCGGGCAACAAUGACGAUGAGGAUGAUUACCCUACAGCAUCGAAAAUUAGUUUGCUAAACAAUUUCUUUUAGUUAAUUGCGCAUUUCUCACAUUCUCAGUUCACCUUGGGGACGCGACGUCGUAGAAUUUUGAGAAUACAUAUAGAAAACAACAACAACAACCAAUAAUACACUUUUUGACGCUAAAUUUAAAAUUUGUGGCCGCAAGCAAAGCAGCAAACAGCACCACAGCAUAUUUUGAAAUAUCAUUUGAGGGUCACUCUCGCGACUUUGGCUUUUAAUUGAAUCGAAUCCGAAUCUUUGUUUUUCUGUCCCGUAGAUUUAAGUAAAUAUUUUGUGUUGACCAAGAGGCACCCUAGAUCUAUUUUGUAUUCAUUUCCUGUUUAGCUCCCAUAAGCAUAUAAGAAUAAAUAAGUUUUGCAAUAGUCGACUAAAUCCAUCCACCAAAA